CUCCUCUCUUGCAGCUUCCAAUUAAUUCCCAGUUUUGUUUUAAUUAGGGUGAACAAAAGAGUCUUUGUCACAGUACCCCAGUAGACUAGUAGCAGGCCAGGAAAACAGCAGUGAUCUUUAAGAAUGCUGCUGAGCCAGGCUAGGAGAAAAAAAAUAUCGAUCUCUUGCCCAGUCAGCGGACAGCAGGAUGCUCUGUAUUUAGACUGUUUUACUGUUUUUCUUUCCCACUCAGGAAAAGGUUGGGUUAUUCAUAGGAAUGUGUUUGACCCACCUAAUACAAACAAAAGCUGGUGCGGAUUCAGGGCAUGCUGCGUUUCCCCUGGGCAUGGCUGUGCCGUAUGGUAGCUCCCUCUGUGCUGAGUCACAUGGAUUCAAGGCCGAGCCAGGCACUAGUUUUGUCUUCUGUGAAAUGUUUUAAAACAAGACCUUUCAAAGACCGGAGCAUGCUGCACGGAGCCCAAAGCCAGCUCCCACUGACAGCGUUUGUAAACUAGAGCCUCCAGAAACGCCAGAAUAUGCUUCCACCCAGCCUAGGAAGGGCUCGGACAAUAAACAUCAUGGAUUUGAUCUUUGUUCUGUAUCGCGCAAGAACUUGGCAUAGAAGCUGAAUUCCUAGGGCAUCACUCGGCUCUCCUGACAGACAGGGUAUCGUACUGUGCUCCUCCUGCCGUAGCGUGUUGCCCGGGUUAGUGGAGCCGUGCUGUCCUCUCUAGGCUGUGAGGCAGAGAUGCCACUUCCAGCCUUUCAUCCCACCAGUUACCCACGAGUUAGGGGGUGAGGCCAAGUCCGCUGGAGGAAGCAGUGCGUGCUUGUCGAAUCCAACGCGCAGCUGCCAGGGGGUGGGGAUCGAAUCUGUCCCAGUAGCUGUCCUUCAGACCCUUCUGGGCGCUCAGGAGUACAUGGGCAGACCCUCCCCUCUUUUACUAGUGUGUUGAGUUGUCUGUAAAAUAUGUUUGGCUGCAAGUUUUCAAAGGCUGGAUGUGCCCAGUGGGUGUGGGGGAGUCUGACGUGACCAUGGGCAGAAACCUGAAGAAAAAGGGGAGGAGGCAACAACAGUGGAAGCAAAAAUAUUUCAGGCUUGAAAGCAUGCCAGGGGAAAGAAAAAAAAUUGAUAGCAGGAAACGUUUUUGCCCUGCCAUGGUGUAGGAUGUUUUUUUCUUUCCCCCCUCCCAUUAAAGAGCUUUGACUGUGCGCUGGUGGUGGGGCCGGGGUCUCGCUGCUCCCCCAUCGCGGCGUUGGCAGCAGGGCGCGUGAAGCUACCCGCAAUAACGGGAAGGCUGCCGAGGGCUCCUUCAGCUGGCGGAAGCGGCGUGGUGCCAGCCUGGGCUGGUUUCUGUGAUUACGUCCCUGCGGGUGUGUCGGUUAAAACCCCGCACGGGAGCGGCGUGGUCCAGGCAAAUGCAAGUAGCCGAGCCGGAGUGGUCGUGGCAUCAGCUGAGAAGAGAUGGCCUCGGCGUGUCCCCCUGCGGCCUCCACACAGCCCGCCUUGCCCUCCGGACCUGCCGUCUUCAAAACAGUCCCCUACGCCUUCAUCCUCCCGGAGAUACUCUGCGGGACCUGGGUGUGGAUCCUCGUUGCUGCUACCUCCGUCUCCUUCCCACUGCUGCAGGGAUGGGUGAUGUACGUGUCCGUCAGCUCCUGCCUCAUCUCCCUGCUGCUCCUCUUGAGCUACCUCUUCGGCUUUCACAGAAACAGCGAGAACUGGAAAGUGCUGGACAGUUUGUACCACGGUGCCACGGCCAUUCUGUACAUGAGCGCUGCUGUCUUGCAAGCCAACGCGACCAUCCGCUCUGAGCUCGGCCCCGACUCGCCGCUUCACUACCAGCUCAACAGUGCCGCAUCGUUCUUCGCCUUCGUCACAACCUUCCUGUACAUCCUCCACGCCUUCAGCAUCUACUACCAGUGAGCCUGGCAGCGCUGGCCUCGCCUCUGCAGGACGAGGGCUUCCCAGCGCAGGGGAUGGAGCUGUCUUCCCCCAAGGUGUCCCUGCCCCGGCCCCGCCACCCACCCUGUGGGGACAGCAGCUACUUUUUGACUCCGUGGCAGGAGGGAUUUUUGUGCGGCGGUGCUGUGUUGGUGUGCUUGUGGGGACAGUUUGUGGCUUGCCCGUGGGCUAUGCGAGGGGAGGGACUGGGUCAGGCUCUGAGCCGGCCUCCCACUGAUGUUCCACCACAUAUAGAUACCAAGGAAAGGGGAGAAAAAAAAUAUCGAUUCCUUGAGUAAAGUUUCCUUUCUUUUAUUAUUUUCUUCUCUGUGGUUCAGCUAGAUUCACUUCCCAAUGCAGAAGUGCAUAAUAUACAAUAUUGUUCCCUGACUUUCAGAUAAUUUUAUUUCAUAUAUGCAGUACUUAGAAUAAAGCAUCUACUAACAG